AAUGGAUAAUUUUGAAUGGUUUCUAUUAGCAAUGUUUCUGGUCUAUUGUGUGACAUUCUUUUUCAUGUACAAGAUAUUUAGCAAAAAAUCUAAUUAAUUAAUUGCUAAAGCUAGAAAAGAGAGUGCAACUAGUGAUGAAUUAUAAAAGUAUUACGUGUAUACUAAAGAUGUAGUUCAAUUCGUAUUGGUACUGAUCAAAAUGAAAAGCAAAGGAAAGACUAAACAUCUAGUACGGAUUCCUCACCUAGGAUUAUUUAAAAGGAACCUGAAAAUAAUUAGCUUGCAUUGCCUGAUCAUGGUAUCAAACUUUAAGGGCGUUAAAUAUCUGAAUAAAGAGAAAAAAUCAUUUAAUUGGAAAGAAAUAAAGAUGAUAAUACAAUAAAAUAUAUAGANGUAAUUAUCAGAUCUUUUUUAUUACACAUAACUCAUAAAAACAAAUCAAAAUUUUUACAAACAAUUUGA